AUGGUGGGACGAGACCUCUCACUGCCCAGCAUAGUUAAAGCCAUAUUGGGAAGCGAGAGGUCAUGGCAGGCGAUGGUUUCCAUCUGCGAGGACGUGAUGUCGCGGAAGGAGACAGCAGAACGGUCCGGAGAGAUCAAGGCGACGGGCCUCGAUGAGGCCGUUACCCCGGAGCAGAUUGCCGCAGCGGUCGCGGGCACCGGAGGCUGCACAGUGAGCGACCUACGAGCAGGAGAGCCCCGUCUCUCACGCAGCGACAUGUUCUCGACAUGGGUACGCUGCCCCCUCACGGCGGUGAAACGCAUCGCCGUGUCAAACUGGAUCUCCGCAAAAGUGGAGGACGGCAACGAUGUGUAA